CGAGCACAUAAUUUUUUCAAGGACUUGGCACCUGAGCACUGGGCAAAUUCAUACUUCAGGGGCAUGCGUUAUGGGGAGAUGACAUCCAAUGCGGCGGAGUCAUUUAAUAACUGGAUUAAAGAAGCACGUAAUCUUCCUAUCACUCAAAUGGUGGACAAAAUUCGUACUCAGUUGAUGCGGCAAAUGUCUGCACGGCGUGACCAAGCAAACAAAUGGAAUGAGAUUAUUUGUCCGACAUUCGAAACAAGGCUUAUGGAUUCGUUCAAUGACAGCAAGUGUUGGCAAGUUAGCAAAGCCAACGAGGAUGUGUUUGAAGUUCAUUCGAUACCAUCGGUUACAGUUGAUGUUGUGAGGCGUACAUGUUCAUGCUUCAAAUGGCAAAUCAACGGAUUCCCGUGUGACCAUGCUGUUAUUGCCAUUCAGAAGAGCCGCUACAAUCUCAAUGAUUGUGUAGAACAUUACUUUCAUGUAGAGACAUAUCGUGCAGCCUAUUCGGGAGCCAUAUUCCCUAUACCAUCGGUGGAGAAACCGCCUUUUGAUCCCACGGACUUUACUAUAUACCCGCCUACCGUGAAAAGACCACCCGGAAGGCCGAAGAAGAAUAGGAUCCCAUCAAGGGGUGAGAAACUGAAGCAAAUAAGGUGCGGGAGAUGUGAUAAGUUGGGGAGCCAUAAUCGAAAAUCAUGCACGGAGCCGAUAUAAGAUGUACCUUUUUUCAUUUCAACAUUGUAUUUUACAUUGGAUUCUUAUAUUCAUUUUUGAAAUAAGAUUGUGUUGUGUUGGGAAA